AACAUCGCGCUGGGGCUUUGCCGGCACCAGCGUGCUGCGGUACCCUAGAGAUGGCGUUUCGUAGCCGGAGACCGGAGCACAGCGGACCGCCAGAGCUGUUUUAUGACCAGAAUGAAGCCCGGAAAUACGUUCGCAAUUCACGGAUGAUUGACAUCCAGACCAAGAUGACUGAGCGAGCAUUGGAGCUCCUCUGUUUGCCAGAGGGUCAGCCCUCUUUUCUGUUAGACAUUGGCUGUGGUUCAGGACUGAGCGGAGACUAUAUCUCAGAAGAGGGGCACUAUUGGGUGGGCAUUGACAUCAGCCCUGCCAUGUUGGAUGCUGCCUUGGACCGAGACACAGAGGGAGACCUGCUGCUAGGGGACAUGGGCCAGGGAAUCCCUUUCAGACCAGGUUCUUUUGAUGGCUGCAUUAGCAUCUCAGCUGUUCAGUGGCUCUGCAAUGCAAACAAGAAGUCAGAUGUCCCUGCCAGGCGCCUCUACUGCUUCUUUUCCUCUCUAUACUCUGCCCUGGUCCAUGGGGCCCGAGCUGUCCUGCAGCUAUACCCGGAGAACUCAGAGCAGCUGGAGCUGAUCACAACCCAGGCCACGAGGGCAGGCUUCACUGGUGGCGUGGUGGUGGACUUCCCCAACAGUGCCAAAGCAAAGAAGUUCUACCUCUGUCUGUUUUCUGGGCCUUCCACCUCCCUGCCAAAGGGGCUGACUGAAAGUCAGGAUGCAGACCAGGCUACCGAGUUCACUUUCACCAGUGAGAGGGCUCCACACAAGAAGGCACGGCGGGACCUGGUGAAGAAAAGCAGGGAGUGGGUCCUAGAGAAGAAGGAGAGGCGCAGGCGCCAGGGCAAGGAGGUCAGACCUGAUACCCAGUACACCGGCCGCAAGCGAAAGCCCCGCUUCUGAGGGUGCUGGAUCUAAUCAAGUGGAGAGAGUGGCCACCCACGCCUGCACCCAGUCCUGCAGACACCCUGGCCACCCACGCCUGCACCCAGUCCUGCAGACUGCCCUGGCCACCCACUCUGUUCAGAGGUUGGGAGCUGUCCAAUCCAUGACUGCCUCUGAGGAAUUUUCUAGAUUGAACUGUUUACCUCAGCCGCUAGCAACAUAGUGUUUUAGAAAAGUUGUGAAUUUCACAGAAUAUUUUUUCACUAAAAGAGUUUAGUGAUUUGGGUUUGGCAGCCCAGACCCUGUAAUCCCAACACCCUCCUGAGAGGCUGAGGCAGCAAGAUGGAAAGUUCCAUCCAGGUCAUUCUGGGCUACACAGUAAAAACCUGUCUUAAAAAAACAAAAAGAAAAAUU